AUGGAGAACAUGUUUUCGUCCAUGGCGUGCAUGGCGCAUGCACUCCUGGGAGCGCCGGACGUGACGCCGGGGAAGGUGGAGCGAUCGUAUUCACUGCACUGGUCGCACUGCAACGUCACGCUCACCCUCAUCUGGAGUGUGUUCAUGGUGGAGACAGCAUGGGUGGACCCCAAUGAUCUGUUCAAAGGGGGGCAAGUGGAUGUGAGCACAGCCGACACCACAUGGACAGAUGUCCUGCCCUCUUAUGACAUCAUCGUCUUCAACACCGGCAACUGGUGGAAGCCAAGGCAGCUAGAGCGAUACGGCCUCACACUCAACCCGCCCUUCCACCGCACCAGCAUUGUCGAUGCCUACCCCCAUGCCCUCGCAACCAUUCUCACCGCUCUGCACCGCAGACGGCGCUUCACCUCCCGCGCGUUUCUAGUUACCAGCGUGUCGUUUCAGUUCAACGCGAGCUGUCCCGCCACGCUGCCCAUUGCUGACGUGGCGACGGCUCGCACAACGAUGGCGGCGCUGACCCGGCGGAAGAACGAGGUUUUGAAAGCGGGCAGCAGCAUUCGCCUGUUGGACGUCCACGACUUGUCUCUCUUCCGCCACGAUGCGCGGCCAGCAGCGUUCCACGGCAGGCAGAGCAGCCUGCAUGACUGCGCUCACUACUGCGUGCCCGGCGUGCCUGACACGUGGAACGAGCUGCUGCUGGGAAUGAUGGUGGACGAGUGA